UACGUAAGCCCAAUAUAAUAAUAGACAUUACACACAUGCCAAUUCCCAAGUAACCACAAAGUAUAUAUCAUCUUUUCCGACUAUACUAUCUUCGCCGGCGACGGAAUCACCUCUUCUCCACCAUUUCCUUACAAAGCUCAGCUUCUCUCUCCUCUCUCUCUCUCUCUCAUACCCACUUUCCAAAAACUAAGCAAAGCGAGUCUGACUCGAAGUACCAAUCGCUAAACUCAGUGCCAGACUCAUUAAAUAGCUCCGGCGAGAGUGAAAGCGACUCACCAUUGCACCGUUGAGAGUAGCUUUGGUCAUUAAUACAACGCCCUUUAAAGCUCUCUCUCUCUCCUGAAUUCUUCUGUGUGUUCAUUUAAGGAGCACACCAAAUGAAGAAUCAAAGCUCGUGAUUGAUUGAGGUGUGAUUAGUACUACCCACAAAGAAAUACAUUGCAUUCUUGUAUUGAAAAAAAAAUAAUUCAGAAACCCACAAGUUUUUUUUUUGGAGUAAUGGAGUACACGGACAUGAACAAAGGCAAUACUGAGGAUGACCCAAGAUGAAAAGACGAAGCUCCGUAGACCAUUCGUAGUCAUGGAAGCUCACCGAGUUCAACUCAAGGUAGCUCUGUUACUCUUACUCAUUAACUCGGUCUUGACUCAGCAGGUGGUGCGUCUGAGUUCCCGCUCGGAGUUUUCGGCGUUGCUCGAUCUCCGGUCGAGUUUAGGGAUUAGGGCUAAAGAUUGGCCAAGAAAGACCGACCCAUGUUCACGCUGGAGAGGAGUCGAUUGCCGGACCGGCCGAGUCGUCGGAAUCACUUUGUCCGGGUUGAGGCGGACUCGUGCCGGCGGUCGAAAUCCCCGGUUCGCCGUCGAUUCAUUGGCCAAUUUUACUCUUCUAGCUAAGUUUAAAUCAUCUGGGUUUCCACUUCCUGGGUCUAUACCGGACUGGUUUGGUCAGAGACUCAGUGCACUCCAAGUGCUCGAUCUUAGAUCUUGUUCAAUAACCGGUUCAAUUCCUUCUUCUCUUGGGAAUUUGAGUGGAUUGAAUUCUCUGUAUUUGUCUGAUAACUUUCUAACUGGUGCCAUACCGUUGAUAUUGGGCCAAUUAUUGUCUCUAUCAGUUCUUAACCUUUCGCGAAAUUCAUUCACAGGAACAAUUCCAUCUGUGUUUUCAUCUCUUCUCAAUCUUAGUACCCUUGACCUCUCUUCAAAUUUCCUAUUUGGGUCAAUUCCUAAUAAUCUUGGUUCACUUUCUAGGCUUAAGUUCUUGCAUUUGCAAAACAAUAGCUUUGAUGCUUCUAUUCCUGUUGAGUUAGCUAGCCUUUCUCAACUGAUUGUACUUGAUCUUGGAAACAACGGUUUGUCCGGGUCGUUGCCAAGUGGUUUAUUUUCGAAUCUCACUCAGCUCAAGUACGUAGUUUUGAGUGGGAACAGUUUCGAUGGUAAUCUUCCUGAUGUUCUGUCGUCUUUGCCCGCUUUGCGCCUUCUUAACGUAUCUAGCAACAAGUUCACAGGUGUUUUACCAAACCUUACUGCAUUUUUUAAUGCCGCUGGCACGGUGGUUGACUUGUCCGAUAAUUAUUUUCAAGGUCCAGCUCCCAGUAAUACAGGGACCAAUGUUGUUGUCAAUGGAAAUUGUUUACAGAGUUUGCCGAAUCAGAGGAGAUUGCAGGAUUGUAGGUUGUUUUAUGCUAGUAGAGGAUUAAUUUUUGAUAAUGAUAUAGCCCCAAAUCCAGCCUCACUUCCUUUUCUAGAACCUGCAUCAAUCAGCAAAAAACGAGUGACGUAUAUAUUGGUGGGACUGUUUGGCGGACUCGGUUUCAUUGCACUUUUGGUAUUGGUGCUGCUACUGGUUCUGAAACUAAGCAAAAAGGGAAAUACAGAUCAGAGGACCGCAAGUAUGGGGCCUGUUCCGGGGGGCAGCACACCCCCUCCCAAGGCUUCUGUUAAUUUAUCAGAUUUGGGUGAAUCCUUUACAUAUGAACAAUUGCUCCAAGCCACAGCGGAUUUUAGUGAUUCAAACCUUCUCAAACAUGGCCACUCUGGGGACCUUUUCUACGGAACAUUGGAAGGUGGGUUCCCCGUGGUUAUCAAGAGGGUCGAUUUGAGUUCCUUCAGGAAAGAAUCUUACAUGUUGGAAUUGGAAUUUUUCAGCAAGGCUUUGCAUCAAAGGUUGGUCCCACUCUUGGGGCACUGCUUGGAGCAUGAGAAUGAGAAACUCUUGGUUUACAAAUAUAUGCCGCAUGGAGAUUUGUCUAAAUCCUUGUACAAAUCUACCAAUUUGGAAGAUGACGGUCUACCGUCUUUGGAUUGGAUUACCAGACUGAAAAUUGCAAUAGGAACUGCAGAAGGUUUAUCUUACCUACACCAUGAGUGUAACCCACCCAUUGCUCAUAGAGAUAUUCAAGCAAGCAGUAUCCUUCUUGAUGACAAAUAUGAAGUGCGGCUUGGAAGCUUGAGUGAGGUAUGUGCUCAAGGAGGAGAUAAUCACCAGAAUGUGAUCACGAGGUUGCUGCGGAUGCCACAGACAUCCGAACAAGGCCCUUCCGACUCAUCAUCUGCAACUUGUGCUUACGACGUAUACUGUUUUGGAAAGGUCUUACUUGAGCUUGUAACGGGUAAGCUUGGUAUCAGCUCAUCGGAUGAUACCAACACAAAGGAGUGGUUGGAGCAAAAUCUACCAUUCAUUAGUUCACAUGAUAAGGAAAUGGUGGCUAAGAUUGUUGACCAAUCUCUGAUUGUCGAUGAAGAUCUAAUUGACGAAGUGUGGGCCAUGGCAGUUGUGGCCAAGUCAUGCCUUAAUCCCAAGCCUUCACGACGCCCCCUAAUGAGACAUAUCCUCAGGGCACUAGAAAGCCCUUUGAAAGUGGUGAGGGAAGAAAAUUACAGCUCUGCAAGGUUAAGAACGACUUCGUCAACGAGGUCUUGGAGUGCUACUUUCUUUGGUAGCUGGCAUAACAGCUCAUCGGAGAGUGCCAACAUUCCAGGCAACCAAACAAACCGAGAGGGUGUAAGUGGCUUAAAACAGACGAGCGGAGUAGGCUCACACGGUAGCGGUGCAAAUGAACUUUCCUCCUCACACAAAAGAUUAUCCAGUGAGAUUUUCCCCGAACCGGUUGAUAUGCAAGACAUAGAAAGGCAAGAGGAGAACUAGCCAAGAGUGUGAAUAACAUUGUGAUUGAUUGCGGAGUUGAUUGCCUUCAUGAAACACAAAGCUACUUCUCCUCCUACUUUCAUCCCAUUCAUGCCAAGAAUUCAUCAGUUGCAAAUGACUCUCUAAAGGAAGACUUGGCGGGGUUGACAUUGUCGGACCCAAUUGAAUUUGAUCGAAGAAAAAUGGUUCGUGUACGAGAGAGAGAGAGAGAGAGAGAGAGAGAGAAGUGUUUUUGAAGCCAGAUUUAUGGGUUUUGGCUUGUUUGUUGUUAUUGAUUGUUUUGAGGCCUUCUCAGAGGUCCACGGGAAUUGUAAAUUGUAGAAGGCUAGGCUUUCUUCUUGUGCUGUAAUCAUUAUUUCAUGAUUUAUUAGAAGCAGGUAAGCAAUUUGAGUGAAGCUGUCUAGAUUUGGAAUGCUAUUAAUAGAAUUCAAAUGUUCAUUUCCAUUUGGAUAUAGCUUUAAGAUUGGAUGAUUGAUUUUGUGAACAUUGAAUUUUGUUAUAUUUAUGCAUUACUCCCUUGGGUGCA